AUGAGCCAUAAAGGACGGCAGGGAAGGAUGAGCGAGUGUUCCGGAGCAGCCGUUUCCGGAGCGGUGAUCCUGGAGGAACCGGAGGGUUCGGGGGCUUCGGGGGGCCGCGUCGAGGGCCAGGCCCAGGAUCAGGGUCCCCUUCGCUGUGCGGUAUGGCCCCGCCAGCAGACCUGGCUGUGCGUGGUCCCUUUACUUAUCGGAUUCAUCGGCCUUGGAUUGAGCCUGAUGCUGCUGAAAUGGAUUGUCGUCGGCACGGUGAGGGAUUACGUGCCAACGGACCUGGUGGAUGCUAAUCGAAUAGGCCAGGAUCCUAUCUUCCUCUCCAAGCCAAGCGGGAUUCCCAAAGGUCCCGAUACCACCACCACAACAACUACUCCUACGGUUGAUGGCGGGAACCCCACGCCUAGGACUGUAACUAUUGCGAGGGGUAGAACUCGUUCCACUGUCACCACCACGACUCUGAACCCUCGAGGCGGUGGAGCCUCGGGGAGCCAAGUCACCCCACGGAAUCCUGCAAAUCGAAACGGACGCGGACCCUCUGGUUUUACUACGACCACCGCGGCGCCGCGGACGACCUUCGGAAUCGGAGCGGCGACGCCGAGCCCCUCGCCGUCCAACCCGACCGUGCUCCACGACUCUACGCAGAUGUGGACCCUGGAGCACACGACCGCCGGGGCGGUCUCCACCACGCUCGCCACGCGUACGCACGGCCACCGCAAAACACCGUCUCCGACCGUCCCUCCGCUGCGCUCGGAGCACUUCAAGCCGUGCCACGAGAAGGACCUGGCCUACUGCCUGAACGGGGGCGAGUGCUUCGUCAUCGAGACGCUCAGCGGGCCUCACAAGCACUGCAAGUGUCGAGAAGGCUACCAGGGAAUCCGCUGUGACCAGUUUCUGCCCAAGACAGACUCCAUCCUGUCUGACCCAAUAGAUCACUUGGGCAUCGAGUUUAUGGAGAGCAAAGAGGUGUACAAGAGACAGGUGUUGUCAAUCACAUCCAUCGCUAUGGCGAUCAGCCUCCUGGGAACCCUGUGCAUGGCCCUCUACUGCCGCAACAAGAGGCGCAGAGAGAAGCUCCAGGCCCACCUGAAGGAGAGUCGCAGUUUGAAAAACUACACGGCUAAUUCCCACAACGCCCUGGACGCCAAGACGAGGGUCCCCAACACCAACCUGCAAAUGCACGAGUACUGCAAACGUUCCUCCCAGUCCUCCCAGUCAUCCCAGUCCCGCCAGGGCAACGUUUGUGGCUCCAGCUUCGCACACUGCAACAUCUCCACCGACGGCUCCGGGGGCGCGGCAGCGAAACAUCAGAGCCCGGAUCAGAGAACCCGGGCAGCCCAUUGGUCAGCUCCACGCAGGACUCCGCCCAUACCCAGGGGAAAGCUGAAUUCGAUUGGAGGAUCCAAGUAUUCAGGCCACGCCUACCAACACCUUCAAGAAGUGGACUCAUCGGAGAGGGACGCUGAAGCACAAAGAGGUUGCCAAAUGCACAUGGAGGACCGACGCGACGACCCCAGACGCGACGCCUUCCUACAUAUGCAAACUCCCGUUUCCACGGAGACCCCGUCGCCGCCCGAGCGCGGCGAUCCGAAUCUCGACACCCGCAGCCUGCGCGGACCCGGCCGCCGUCACGGCCGGUCCCCGCCUCCUCCGUUCCGCUCCUGCUCCAUCCCCAUCAUCCCCUCCGUCCAGUGUCGCCAUGGCAACGAGGUGUCCUGUAUGCAAACCGGCGUCGCGGCGGCGACGAUGCCGGUCACCUGCGCGAGGAGAGAGAAGGCGGGGCACGCCACGUCGUCCUCUUCCUCUUUCUGCUCGUCCGCCAUCGGCCGGCAGCGGCAGGACGAGGUGGCGCUGCUGCUGGAGGAGGCGCAGGAGCAGCUCAGGGCGUUGGCGUCGGCCCACAGGAAGCAGGAAGACGACGGGGUCGGCGGCGGCGGCGGAUCGACGGCGCUGCUGGCGGAGGCCCGAGAAACAGUUUGCUUCCUGAACCUUAACGGAGGGGGCGCCGGGGCGCUGAGCUGUAACGGACCCACGCAGACCCAGUUGCUCAGCCCCAGCCUAUCACACAGAGAACUGGGCCUCAGCGGCCAAUGA